AUGUCUGGCCUGCCGGCCAGGGCUCAGAGAGUGAGCCGAGCUCGAUUCAACUUUUCCGGGAAGGCUCCAUGUGAGGCAUCUGUUAGCCAGCCUUUGGCAAGCCAGCCUUCGACGAGUCAGCCUUUGGCAAGCCAGCCUUUGGCAAGCCAGCCUUUGGCAAGCCAGCCUUUGGCAAGCCAAUCUGUGGGAAACCAAUCUGUGGGAAGCCAGCCUACAAGAAUUCAAGAGACAAGGCCUGCAAGGCCUGCAGACUGUGUUGGAACUGGUGAGUCAGAGCCCGCAACCAAAGUCAGGAAAUUAUCGGAGCUGAACGGGCAGCCUGUUUCUGUUGCAUCAGCAGCUACCCCAGUCCGAAAUUCCAAACUUCUGCCCGAUGAAUCCGACUGGAGCGGCGUCACGGUCGUUUUUACCAGCGACCUGACCAGCAUAGAUCAGGCAGCAGCUGAGAAGCAAGUCGUGGCGGCUGGUGGCAAAGUCGGCUCCGCCAUCUCGCAGCGUACGUCCCUCUUGGUUCUUGGAGGCAGCUUGCCGGAUGGAAGGCCUUCAACGGAGUCUGCCAAGUACCAGCGCUUUCUGGAAUUGCAGUCCAAGGGCAAAGUGCAUGCUAAGGUGCUGUCAGAGCAAGCUUUUCUUACCUUGCUGCCAGCUACGAAUGCACGGACCACGAAGCACCUGCCACUGGAGAAGCAGGAAGUUCCUGCCGAUAGCCACAAGAAGCAGCAAAUCAAGGAUGUCAAGUGUUCUCAGACACGCAAUUGGGUUGACAUCUUCUCCCCGAGAAAGCUGGAAGACCUGCUUGGGAACCAGGGUGCCAUCCGGAGACUGGCAGAGUGGCUGCAGGACUGGGACGAUGUAGUGCUGCAUGGGAAGAGCAAGAAACUUGCCUUCCGACGCGGAAGUGUUCCUGACAAUGUGAACGUCACGCGGCCCAGCUGCUCUGUUGGAGUGUUUUUUGCUGUGCAGCUUGCAAGUCGCCCAGCCAUUCUCGAGGCCAGAGCUGUACUUGCGGGCGACACAGCUUGUGGGCAAGACAUGCAAGACUCAUCAUGGGACUGUGUUGCUGCUAUGCUUGCCGGGAAAGUUGUGAUCAUCAUGGACGAAGUUGAUGGAAUGGGUGGUGGCGAUAAAGGUGGCAUCGCUGCUCUCAUCAAGAUGAUCAAGAGGACUCGCAAUCCAAUCAUCUGCAUCUGCAACGACCAGAACAGCCAACAGGUGAGAUCUUUGGCCUCCAACUGCUACGACCUGAAGUUUACCAGGCCUCCCAAGAAUGCGAUAGCGCAGCGAUGUGCUCAGAUAGCAAGGCAGCAGGGCCUUCAAGUGGAUGCUGCUGCUCUGGAGGCCAUUGUUGAAUCGUGCGGCAGUGAUGUGCGCGUAGUCCUCAACCACUUGCAGAUGCAGGCUGUCUCAAAAGCGAGUUGCUCCUUGACGAAGAGCCUUGGUGAAUCGGGCAAGGAUCAAGCGGUCAUGCUCAGCCCGUUCGAUGCGUGUCGGAAGUUGCUGACCACAUCAGAGGCGAAUGCCCAUGCCUUUGAAGCACGUUUCGAGAUGUUCUUUGUGGACCACUCGCUUGUCAGCAUGCUGAUCCAGGAGAACUACUUGCGGUCUAUGGAGAAACAGCCUGUCAACUCUGAAGUGCUCAGUCGGUGCGCGUAUUCUGCGGACCUCAUGACGAUCGGUGACAUCAUGAAUCAGCGUAUGGUGGUCGAGCAGGAAUGGAGUCUGCUACCGCACUGUGCAGCUGCGACCCAAGACUUUCACGUCGGUACUUGA